AUACCCAUCACAAAUACAGACGACGGUAAAAGAAGAGAAGUGGAUGAUUAUCACCCUAGAGCACGUUUAAAGCAAGCCCACAAAAAGAAUGAAAUCAAUAUCGAGGAUAGUGCAAGUGUUCAGACCUUUAGCAACAGAUACAUUGUUGAAGAAAGUCUUGUGAGAAAAUACCUAGCACAUUUAAAUUAUUUAGAGAUGAUGAGUGGGAAGAGAAAAAUGGAAAAGAAAAACAAGAAUUUGAAAGAGAACACAAUGUCUUAUGAGGAAUUUGACUGGAUGGAAAUGCUGAAUAGUGGAACACUAGCGAAACAGCGUGUAUGUGUUCUGGACAAAUACAUCGAUAAACAUAAUUUGCUUGCAGUGAAGGAUAAAAACAAGCCACAGAAAGUCAAUGCUAUUAUGGAUCACUUACGGUCAUUUGCUGAGAGCACAAAAACAAACAAACAAUGCUCCCUCAGUGUGGAAGAGGUGGAUGAUCAUGAUGAAUGUGAGGUAGAUGAAGGGGAUGAGGCAUUACCCACUUGUUCUAGUGAUGAAGACUUUGUAUUGGGAGAAAUAGGAGAGUCGAGUGAU